AGGACGGCGGGGACGCAACCAAAUCCACACAGCCAGCGGCCCAAAACGGCCACUCCCUCCCCCUCAUCCUCUCCACCCGCCCGCUCUCCGUCACAGCCUCACCGCGAGCCGAGCAGCGUCCCUCGGCUUCUCCUCGUCGGGCAGCGCGGCGAUGCAGACGCUCCAUGCCGCGCCCGCCUCCUUCCUCGCGCCGCCGGCUUCCCAUCUCCUUCCCCCAACCGCACCGGCCCUAAGAGCAGGGGUUCUAUCAGCAGCGGGUCCUGUUCCUGCCGCGGUUUCCAGCCGGUCGCGCGCCUGCUUUCCCUCGUCGCGCCGCGCGAGCCGGCGGCGGCGGUGCUCGAGGGCUGCUGCUUCGUCCGGUGCUGCUGCGACAGCCACCUCUGUGGAUGAUGCUAAAAAGGAUGUGCUUAUAGCACUCUCCCAAAUCAUUGAUCCUGAUUUCGGUACGGACAUCGUCUCGUGUGGGUUUGUGAAGGAUUUAGAGAUCGGUGAUGCAUUGGAUGAGGUCUCAUUUCGUCUGGAGCUGACAACUCCCGCAUGUCCAAUCAAAGACGAGUUUGAACAAAAGGCAAACGAGGUUGUUGCAGCACUUCCAUGGGUCAAGAAGGUAGACGUCACAAUGUCUGCACAACCUGCACAGCCGGUAUAUGGAGGGGAGCUUCCAGAAGGACUACAGAAGAUUUCAAACAUCAUAGCAGUAUCAAGCUGCAAGGGAGGAGUUGGAAAAUCUACUGUUGCUGUAAAUCUAGCAUAUACACUAGCUGGAAUGGGGGCCAGGGUUGGAAUCUUUGAUGCUGAUGUCUUCGGUCCAAGCUUACCAACUAUGGUUUCUCCUGAGAACCGAUUGCUAGUGAUGAACCCAGAAAGCAGAGCUAUCCUUCCGACUGAGUAUCUGGGCGUCAAAAUGGUGUCUUUUGGAUUUGCUGGACAAGGAAGAGCAAUCAUGCGAGGUCCAAUGGUUUCAGGAGUCAUUAAUCAGUUGCUGACCACUACUGACUGGGGCGAGCUUGACUACCUUGUCAUUGACAUGCCUCCUGGAACAGGCGACAUACACUUAACACUCUGUCAGGUAGCUCCAUUGACUGCAGCUGUUAUUGUUACCACGCCUCAGAAGCUAGCUUUCAUUGAUGUUGCAAAGGGAGUAAGGAUGUUCUCUAAGCUGAAGGUUCCUUGUGUUGCAGUUGUUGAGAACAUGUGCUACUUUGAUGCUGAUGGAAAGCGGUAUUACCCAUUCGGACAAGGCUCUGGAACUCAGGUUGUGCAGCAGUUUGGAAUACCUAACCUCUUCGAUUUGCCAAUACGGCCAACUCUUUCAGCUUCUGGAGAUACUGGAAUUCCUGAAGUAGUGGCUGAUCCCCAAGGAGAUGUUGCUAAGACAUUUCAAAAUCUUGGAGUUUGUGUUGUUCAACAAUGUGCUAAAAUUAGGCAACAAGUCUCAACAGCAGUGUCCUAUGAUAGAUCAAUUAGAGCAAUCAGAGUGAAAGUGCCAGAUUCAGAUGAAGAGUUCUUGUUGCAUCCAGCAACAGUCAGACGGAAUGACCGAUCUGCUCAAAGCGUGGAUGAGUGGACAGGAGAGCAGAAAAUUCAGUACGACGACGUACCAGACGACAUUGAGCCUGAAGAGAUUAGGCCGAUGGGAAACUACGCUGUUUCUAUAACUUGGCCCGAUGGAUUUAGUCAGAUAGCACCUUACGACCAAUUGGAAAUGCUUGAGCGGUUAGUGGAUGCUCCUCGUGCAGCAACACCUGCAGUGGCCUCAUGAUACAGUGGAAGCCGUGUUCAGUUCUCAGGGGGACAAGAAAAACAGGCUUUCGUUGCAACUAGCUUCUCAGAUAAUUCAUAGGUCUACAGUGAAUUUUGAA